ACAGUCACAGUUCGUCUUUACCUUUGACACAACAUGAAAUCCUUCGUUGCUAUCCUCGCCUUCGUGGCUCUUGCCGCCGCUGAUGUAUCUCAUCUCCGCAAUCCGGAUCAAGAUGCACAGAUUUUGAAACAAGAAGCUGAUGUGUUCCCUGAUCAAUACCAGUACGCUUAUGAGACAAGCAACGGCAUCGCUGCCCAAGAGAGUGGACAGCUGAAGAACGCUGGCCGAGAGGACGAGGCCAUCUCAGUUCAGGGUUCCAACCAAUACACCGCUCCCGAUGGCACCCCCAUCCAAAUCUCCUACGUAGCCGAUGAGAACGGAUACCAACCCCAGGGUGCCCAUCUGCCUACUCCCCCCGCCCCCGAACCCAUCCCCGACUACAUCCUCAGGUCUCUGGAAUACAUCAGGACUCACCCACCCAAAGAAGAGCCCGUCAGGAAGUUCUAAUUUACCAAAUAGUCAAAUCUAACAAUCAACGAUAACUGAAAUAUCACUGCCAACGAUGUUUCCUCUAGUCGAAACUUUUUUUAUGUUC